AUGGCGGAGAGCGGCGUCCCGCCCUGCACCCCGACCGGGAAAGAUCCCGAGGAGGUGGUGGGAGAGACUCCAGCCGGGAAAGAUCCCGAGGAGGUUACAGGAGAGAUCCUGACCGGGAAAGAGCCCGAGGAGGUUACAGGAGAGACCCCGACCGGGAAAAAUCCUGAGGAGGUGACGGGAGAGAUGUCCGCCGGGAAAGAUCCCGAGGAGGUGGCGGGAGAGAUGUCCGCCGGGAAAGAUCCCGAGGAGGUGGCGGGAGAGAUGUCCGCCGGGAAAGAUCCCGAGGAGGUGGCGGGAGAGACGCCGGCCGGGACGGAGCCCGGGGAGGUGACGGGGACGCCUGAACCGGCCGGGAAAGACCCCGAGGAGGCGGCGGCCCCGGCGGGGUCAGAGCGGGAGGAGGCGCCCGAGGUGGCGGCCGCGGCCGGGACGGAUCCCGAGGCGGCAGCAGGGGAGGCCGCCGCGGCGGGGACGGACGCCCAGGAGGAAGCGGCGGCCCCGGCGGGAAGGGAGCCCGAGGAGGCGGCCGAGGAGGUGGCUCCGGCGGGGUCAGAGYGCGAGGAGGCGGCAGAGGAGCCCACCCCAGCGGGGACGGGCCCCGAGGGGGAGACAGCGGCCCCGGAGGCGACGGCCCCAGGUGAGGGGGAAACAGCCGCCCCGUCAGGCCCGGACCCCGACGCGGCGGUCGCUGAGGCUGCCCCAGAGGCCGAGGCUGCCCCGGAGGCCACAGUGCCCCCGGAGCAAAGGGCAGCCCCGUGUGAGGAGCGGGGCGCUCCGUCGAGCCUCCCGGCUGCAGCGGGGUCUCCCCAUGGGGUGCCAGAGGGCCUGAGCCUGAACGGCCUGCGGGGCCCUGCGGAGGAUGAGGAGGACGAGGCAGGCUCGGCCGCCGCGCUGGAGCAGCAGCAGCAGCAGCGACAGGAGGAGGAGGAGGAGGAGGAGAAGCAGGAGCAUGACAUCUCCCUCUUCGUCAAGGCUGGCAGUGAUGGGGAAAGUAUUGGAAAUUGCCCCUUCUCGCAGCGUCUCUUUAUGAUUCUGUGGCUAAAAGGUGUCAUAUUUAAUGUCACAACCGUGGAUUUGAAAAGGAAGCCCGCGGACCUGCAGAACCUGGCGCCGGGAACCAACCCCCCCUUCAUGACGUUUGACGGUGAGGUGAAGACCGACGUCAACAAGAUCGAGGAGUUCUUGGAAGAAAAGUUAGCGCCGCCCCGGUACCCCAAACUUGCCCCAAACCACCCUGAGUCUAACUCUGCAGGAAAUGAUGUGUUUGCAAAAUUCUCUGCCUUCAUAAAGAACCCAAGAAAAGAUGCUAAUGAAAAUUUGGAAAAAUCUUUGCUUAAAGCCCUGAGGAAGCUGGACAACUACUUAAAUAGCCCCUUGCCAGAUGAAAUUGAUGCYUACAGCACCGAGGAGAUCACAGUUUCCAGCCGCAAGUUCCUGGAUGGGGAUGAGCUCACGUUAGCAGACUGCAACCUCCUGCCGAAGCUCCAUAUAAUUAAGGUUGUUGCAAAAAAAUACAGAAAUUUUGAGUUUCCACCUGAAAUGACAGGGAUUUCAAGAUACUUGAACAAUGCAUAUGCCAGAGAUGAAUUUACAAACACUUGUCCUGCUGAUCAAGAAAUUGAGUAUGCCUAUUUGGAUGUUGCAAAGAGAAUGAAGUAA